AUGACUCCUUCAAAGAACAUUCGUGUCGCUCUGGCCCAGGAGGCAUCGAUUGACUUCGACCUCCAGGCCAGUGUCGACAAGACAUGCCACGUUAUUGCUGAGGCUGGCCGUGCAGGGGCACAGCUGAUUGGAUUCCCGGAGACCUUCAUCCCAGGCUAUCCCUUUUGUAUUUGGUCACGUGGGAUAGAUGUUGACCUUACCAAGCGCUACAUCAAGAAUUCCCUCAAACGAGACUCGCCAGAGAUGAUACGUAUAUGUGCUGCGGCCGUAGAGAACAAUAUCGAAGUUCGUCCCGGAUACUCGAAGAACGAGGACGAUUCUCUCUACAUAGCACAGUCACAUAUCGGUUCUGAUGGAUUGAUCAGAAUGAAUUGGCGUAAGAUUGAGCCCACCCACGUGGAAAGAACAAUCUUUGGCGAAGGUAGUGGACCAUCUCUACUCAAUAUUGCGAGCGUCCCGGGCGUGGGUAGAGUUGGGGGACUCAACUGCUGGGAGCAUACUCAGCCUCUUCUGAAAUACCGCACGUAUGCCCAAGGGGAGCAAAUCCACAUUGCUGCUUGGCCACCGAUGAUGCCGGGCAAGGAUGAAGAGGUUUUGUGGAACACAAUAGUGGAAGGUCAGUAUCAUUGCCUUAUAUGGCUACAUGACAGCGGAUAGCGUCCAUCAGUUCGCCAGGUUCCCGUGCGAGGUCCAAAUCAUGGUCUGGGAG